AGAAGCAGGCAGGGCCAGGCUGAGCCGCUGCUCAACAGGCACCACCACUUCCUCUCUGCUCUGCUCCUCACUCCGCCCGCCCCCUCUCCCCUCUGUCUGGCGCCAACACUGUUUUUCCACUGGCUGGCUCGCUCCAUCCAUCUGGCAGAUUCUGCCUCCUUUCUGGAGUUAAACUUUUGUGAAGACACCACCAGCCCCCAGCCUGCUGCUCUCUCCCCAAAGCAGCAAAGCAGGAGGGAGCCUGCUGGGGGAUAGGGCCCCGCAGCGGCUGCCCUGGUAGGCUGCCCUCCCCGGAGGCCCACGCCCCGGGAGCUCCGAUGUCGAUGUCGUCGCGCCACUUGGAGAGCCCAGCCUGGCGGAGGCCAGGGCCACCGGUGCCCGCAGCUGACCCCAGGGAGCACCAGGCUGGCCACUGCAGGGGUAACAUGGCAAGACCAUGCCCUGUCUUCAGGUACCCACCAGCCUGCGCACUUCCCUAGUCCCACCAGGAACCAUCAGUCCCGGUUGCCUUCGGCCUCCACCCUUGCUGUUGGUCUCCCAGCUGACCUGUCACCAUGGCAGCCCUGAUCGCUGAGAACUUCCGCUUCCUGUCGCUCUUCUUCAAGAGCAAGGAUGUGAUGAUUUUCAAUGGGCUGGUGGCACUGGGCACAGUGGGCAGCCAGGAGCUGUUCACUGUGGUGGCUUUCCACUGCCCUUGCUCACCAGCCCGGAACUACCUGUACGGGCUGACGGCCAUCGGUGUGCCUGCCCUGGCGCUCUUCCUCAUCGGCGUCAUCCUCAACAACCACACCUGGAACCUGGUUGCCGAGUGCCAGUACCGGAGGACAAAGAACUGCUCGGCUGCCCCCAACUUCCUCCUUCUGAGCUCCAUCGUGGGUCGCGCAGCUGUGGCCCCUGUCACCUGGUCUGUCAUCUCCCUGCUGCGCGGUGAGGCUUAUGUCUGUGCUCUCAGCGAGUUCGUGGACCCCUCCUCACUCACAGCAGGGGAAGACAGCCUCCCACAGGCCCAUGCCACAGAAAUCCUGGCCAGGUUCCCAUGCGGGGAGGGCCCUGCCAACCUGUCAGGAUUCCGGGAGGAGGUCAGCCGCAGGCUCAAGUACGAGUCCCAGCUCUUUGGGUGGCUGCUCAUCGGUGUGGUGGCCAUUCUGGUGUUCCUGACCAAGUGCCUCAAGCAUUACUGCUCCCCACUCAGCUACCGCCAGGAGGCCUACUGGGCGCAGUACCGCGCCAACGAGGACCAGCUCUUCCAGCGCACGGCCGAGGUGCACUCGCGGGUGCUGGCUGCCAACAAUGUGCGCCGCUUCUUCGGCUUUGUGGCGCUCAACAAGGAUGACGAGGAGCUGGUUGCCAAGUUCCCAGUGGAAGGCACACAGCCGCGGCCACAGUGGAACGCCAUCACCGGCGUCUAUCUGUACCGCGAGAACCAGGGCCUCCCACUCUACAGCCGCCUGCACAAGUGGGCCCAGGGUCUGGUGGGCAAUGGCACAGCCCCAGACAACAUAGAGAUGGCUCUGCUCUCUUCCUAAGGGUCCUGUUCCCACACCCUCUGCCAGUGACACCACUUGGUCCCAAACUGAAUCCCACUGCCUGCUCACAUCACCAUCAGAGGGGAUUCUGUUUCUCAACCACAGCUUUUGGAGGAAACAAGCCAGGAAAAAGGAACACAACAAGCUGGGGUACAGAUGUGAGAGCCAGGAGACAACGUGGUCAGCUCUGGCAGGAAAGCUCUCAGACCUGAAGAAAUUCCCUCUCCUGUCACCACCAGCUACUUGGUCAACAGCUUUGGAUAAAAGACCCUUUCUCAGAACUGGUCCUUGCCCUGGCCAGCUGAGCCAGGUGACAAUGAAACUCACCAGCAGGCUCCUUGUACAGAACACUGUGCAGUUAAUUUGCAUGUAACUACGUAUGGACACCUGGCUCAGCUGGGAAAUAGCCCUCCAAUGUAUGCCUCCAGCUUUAUUUUAUAUACAUUUUUGAUAAAGCUUUUUUUAGUAUAAA